AUCUCUUUCUGCUGUGCAGUCGGCCGACCGAUCUGUCAUCGCCAUUGUCGAAUCACCUAACGGGGUGGCCUCUUCGACGCUGCUCGCGGGCUUUCAGAAUCCCAGAAGGACGAUAAUCCCCCGUGGAGGAGGAAAGGCGGUGGUGCGCUUUCUCGUCGGUACGAAGAACGCGUUGCGCCAUUUCAGGUGUGUGCCGCGAGUGUAUAUUUGCCGCGGCUUCUCUUUCUCUCUCUCUCUCUCUCUCUCCCUUUCUCCCUGCCGCCCCCUUUCUCUCUUUCUCUCUCUCUCUGUCUCUUUCUCCGUCUCUCUCUGUCUCUCUCUGUCUCUCUCUCCUUUUCUCUCUCUCUUUCUCUCUAACUAUCUAUCUAUCUAUCUAUCUCUGGUGCUUCGGCGUGCCACGAGGCGCAUCGGCGAUUCGUGGCGAUUUUCGCGAUUCACGAGAAAGUGUUCGGAGGGAGAUCGAACGAGAGAGCGAGCGUCCCGAGUGAUUGAUGAACGCGGGUAAUUAAGAAACAUUAAGGAAAGCCGCCGGGGGAGGUACCUCGAGGUCCUCGUACUCGUAUUCGGAGAGCGUGUUUCCCUCCCCGUUCCACCCUCCUGCGAGAGGAUCCUCCUCGCCGGAGGACGUCACCGCGGGGGUGAAGAGAGGCGACGCGGUGGGAAGAGGCCGUCUACCCUCUGGGUAAGAGAGGAAGGAGAAAGAUAAAGAGAGCGAGAGAGAGGGAGACUGAGGGACGGAGGGAGAGGCAGCGGGAGGCCUUUAGGGGUGGAAAAUCGUUGGAGAAUACCGUCGCGGUGAAAUCACUCCUCUCGAACGCUCGCGAGACGAUCAGACCGCGAAGCAUCCCCGCCGGGGUGUCUGCCUGCCUGCCUGCCUGCCUGUCUUUGGCUGCCUGCCUGCCUGCCUGAUCGUCCCUUCACCCUCUCGCCGGUGAGGUGGAAGUGGAAGUGGCGGUCUGAUCUCACGGAAUGACAAUAAGACUCCCCUUUGAUUAAUCGAGAGAGCGAGAGAGCGAGGAUUAACACUGUCGCCUGAGGCGACGAGUUGUUUGGCAAGUGCCAGAAGUUCGGCUUUGUUUAUAGAACUGACUGAAUGCAAAUCCGGCAGAGUGUGUAAACGUAAAUAAUUAGACGCAAUUAUAACGACCCGCGAGUCGUUUUAGAACGACAACUCGGUUACAGCCAUCGCGUCGCAAAUCGUUGUUCGAAAUUCUUUACUUAUUAAAGCGAAUGAGGUCGUGAUAAAGCUUAUGAUAAAAAAGGAAAAAGAAAAAUUACGAAGGAAAAUCGUGAAGGAAAUAGGUUUCAGGACACACAAUCGGCUAUUGAAAAAAAGGAAGAGUGGAUUACGAGAGGAAUCAAACCGAUGCAAAUUCUGAUCUGAGGACUGUUGAUUGUCGUUGCAACUUGAGGAAUAAGCUAUAACCCGUUCGUUCAAGUCGUCCUUGUUGCCUUCGCAUAUAUUGACACAACUUUCUCGACACGGUAGUGCGAGAAGGAGCACAAGAACUGGCGGAAAAGGAGGAGGAGGACGACGACGAGUGCGCGACAAUAACGCGAAUGAAUUCGGGAGGAGACCGGAUAAGUAGAGUGGAUCGAAAUUAGAAUCGUGUGCAGUCAGUGGAAAAUGGUCGGCGCUUGAUCAGACAGGACCGGUCUCUUCCUUCGCCUGAGCUGCACUACUUAAAAUGCACUUUAUCUCACGCCAUAAAAUCCAUCUCCGUGAAAUUCCGUAUCGCCGUAGCACCGCCCGGAGGGGAGCGUUCGACGAGUGCAUUACUGUCGGCGGAACGACAAUAACGUCAGCGCGCUAACGACAUCGAAAAUAAUUUGUCAUAAUCGAUCAUAUCAGAGUCCACGGGAAUUAUCGACAGUAUCGCGACGCUGUGCGCGCCGGAUGUUUUCGAAUGUCCAUCUUUAUUUGAGCCGCCGCCGCACACACGUCCAUUUGUGACGCGCGACAGUGAAUAAUACGAAAUCCCGCGCGAUUUUUUCUAUCCCCCUGUCCCCCGACCCGCCCCCUCGCGAUCAUCCCCUUUCCCCGUCUCCAAGAGAAAGAGAAGAGCGACAGGCGGCGAGCUAUAAUCGACAACGACAAUCGGCAGAUAACGAAUUGCGGUGAGGGUGAGAAUCGUGGAAAUUGGCGAAUUGCGAGGCGAGUGAAGACCCCGCGGUGACACGCGAGCAAAAACUGAAAUAGAAAAGAAGAAACGAUCGACGGGGACGUAGAUACGUAAUCGUAGAAUAAUUAAUGUAGCGAGAAAACAACGAGCACAUGACGCAACGACAUAAAUGGAGAACGGUAUAACACUCUUGGAGGGAAGUAAUCGAAGACUAUCAGACUGCGACCACAUGAUAGAAAAGCGAUCAAGUAUCCGCUGUCACACUUGAUACUGCGGCAUAUUCGAAAUCAACGAUACAUUGCAGCGAGGGAAAAGAUUGAGAAGAGGAUAAAUACAGCGACAGCAAUAAGCACCGCGACGUAAAGCUCAGAAGCACUUCAUCGAUUUGCUGAACUAGCGAGGUCUUUAGGUGUAACACAACAAAUCUUUUUUUCUUUCUUUUUCGUGUCGUGACACGCGCGAAACAAAAACAAAGCCGAGCGUCCCUUCGCGCUGACGUAACGUUGCGGGCAGCAACAGUAGGCGCGAGUGAAAACAACGAGUAUUCAUCAGACAGGUGGCUAUCUGUGCGCUUCACGAGCGGACGUUCAAGCACGAAGGAUCCGCGUUCGAAUCGGUGAGCGUAUCCUGCGUCUCUGCUUCUACCUGCCUGUCUGCCUGUCCUGCGACCAGCUGAGAAUCGCGAGGCGGGCCAUCACGCACCUCACGGCGUUCAGGACGAGCCAUAAGACGACAACGGGCUCCCCUCGGCGUGGAAUGACAAUAAGGGGGCGCCGCACCGACGGGGUGGUAUUAUGCGGGGUACGGAUUUGAGCGUACCGAAGUGCCCGGCGAAGGUGUCGCCCUUCGGAAUGGCACUCGGGACACUGGCCGAGAUAGCGGUGAGACUCGUGAUCGGCGGCUACAUAUUCGCCGUGGUCGUCUACGUGAACGCCAGCGACAACUGGGAUAAGGACGACGACAUAGUGUCCACGUCUAAAGUCAGCGCCGUACUUGGUCGUACCGCCACUUUGCCUUGCGACAUCGAGCCGUCCACGCGAGAAGAUCGCGUCUACAUGGUGCUUUGGUUCCGCGAUUACGCGAUGAAGCCCAUUUACAGCUUCGACGUGCGGGGACGGGCUUUCAACAAGGCCCUGAACUGGUCGGACAGCACCGCGGUGGGGCCCAGGGCGUACUUUGUCACCGUGACGAAGCCGGCCGCCCUCUCGUUGGAGGCGGUUCAGCUGGACGACGAGGGUAUCUACAGAUGCCGGGUGGACUUCAAGAAUUCCCCAACGAAAAACUUCCAAGUGAAUCUCACGGUGAUAGUACCGCCGCACCAGCUGCUCAUUUAUGAUCAUUCCGGGGUGGAGCUGGAGAACAUCGUCGGGCCGUUCGAGGUCGGCAAGGAGUUCGGCCUGUCCUGCGAAGUGCGGGGAGGGAAACCAACGCCGGUGGUGAGCUGGCUGGUGAACGGCAAGGAAGUGGACGGCAGGCUCGAGGAGUUCGGCCAGAACAUCGUCGUCAGCAAAUUGACCGUGCCGCAGCUGCGAAGGGAGCACCGCAACACCACGUACAAAUGCCGGGCGGCCAACACGCAUCUAAUACCACCGCUAGAGAAGACGGUGAUCCUCGACGUUUAUCUGAAACCGCUCAACGUAAAGAUACUGUCGAAACUAACGGUUCUGGAGACGAAUAAGGACUACUCGAUCACCUGCGAGACGACAGGAUCGCAUCCUCGCGCUCGCAUCAUCUGGCUCGAAGGCAACAACGAUACGUUUCCUAGUGGCAAGGUAAUGGAGAGCGGUAACGCCUCGGUGGUUCUCAGCACGCUGGUAUUCUCACCCGUCCCGGACGAUCACGGCAAGAUGCUGAAGUGCCGAGGCGAAAAUCCCGCCUUGAAGGACGCGUUCCUGGAUGACACUUUUAAACUGAACGUCGUGUUCCCACCUAAAGUGCAGCUGCAUCUGGGCAGCACCUUGAACGCGGAGAACAUAAAGGAGGGCGACGACGUGUACUUCGAGUGCAAAGUCCGGGCCAAUCCGGAGCAUCACAAAAUCACCUGGCGACACAACGGCGCGGUGCUCACGCAAAACUAUUCAGCCGGCAUCAUCAUGAGCACCCAGAGUCUGGUGCUGCAAAGUAUAGGCCGCGACAACGCGGGCAAUUACACGUGUCUGGCCAGCAACGAUCGCGGGGAAACGACGAGUCCGAUCGUGACUUUGAGGGUGCAAUUCGCACCGGUUUGCAAGAUGAAGGAAGUGACGAUCAUUGGAGCUUCCCUGGAAGAAUCCGUGAAAGUGCGCUGCGAGGUGGACGCCGAUCCAAGCGAGGUCGACUUCGUCUGGGAGUUCAACAACAGCGGCGAGAACUUCGAGGUUGCGCCGGCCAAGUUCGACGGCAACAACGGCACGAUGAGCGAGCUCGUCUACACUCCGGAAUCCGAGAGGGAUUACGGCGCUUUGACCUGCUGGGGUAGAAACGCGAUAGGGAAGCAAGAGGCACCUUGCAUCUAUCAGGUCAUUCCGGCAGUGAAACCGAAUCCACUGAACAACUGCACCAUCAAGGUCUCGUUGAAUCAGAGUGCGGAGAUCUUGGAGGUGGAGUGCGUGCCCGGCUACGACGGCGGUCUUCACCAGGAAUUUCGGCUGGAGGCUUACGAGGUGUUGACUGAUAACCUUCGGGUGAACGCGUCCAGCGUGUCGGCUGAUCUACCGAUCUUCCGGAUCGCUGUGGCGGAUCUACUGCCAGCCACGCAUUUCUACCUGGUGACGUACGCUGUGAACGCGAAGGGCCGCAGCGAAGUGUCGCUAUUGGAGGACAUAAUGCUACGGGACUCGGAGAAGCACACUGACACUGGUGUCAGUAUGUUGCCGCUGAUUCUGCUACUGAUCGGCUGCCUGAUCGCCUUCGGGGUGACGGUGCUUUCGGUGAUGUUGAUGAUGUAUCGACGUCGCGGCACCACGUCACCGGUGCACAUCGAGCCGUACAUGAAGCAGCCGAUAAUCACCCCGCCAGACUCACGGAACAACUCGAUGCUGGACGUGACUCACGGCGACCACACGUACUUCGUCGAGUACACGCUGAAACAGGUCACCGAUUACGCGCUCAAUAAUCAGCCGGAUAUCAUACAGUCGCCGCAAGACCAAGAGAAGAUCAAACGUGAGCCACAACUGUUUCUGCCGGUAAGACCGGACACGUUAUUCGCACCCUACGACAUUCACAAGCAGGGGCUGCAGACGAAUAGAUGCAGCUUGAACCCGUUCUCCGCGAAGUCCUGGGAGCCCAUCAGCUUCAAAGCUGAUCGCAACCUGAUGAAGGAGAUCAUCAUCGCCAAUUCCAUACCUGGCCCCGAAAGCUGCGUGUAAACUCGAUCGCGAAAGAGUGAAUUGAGAGACAUAUGCGCGAAAAAAUACACACACAUACGUACAUUUAUACGCGUGCAGUCAGUAGAAGAAAUGUCGCAACACUUUCACCUCGAAUCUUAGAAUAUAUCUGGUAUCUAAUAGAAAAAUUUAUCUUCUAAAGUUGACUUUCGCACUCCGAUUAAAUUAAUCGAUUGGCCGACCGAAUUGCCAUCAGCAAUUUGCAGCUAUGUAAUUUUGUCAUUCAACAAUAAACAAUAUUUAAUAAUUCUGUUCAUGUUAGUAAAGCAGAACAAUUAAUUGACAAUACUUUUAGAUGUAAGUUACAGAGAGGAAACAAUAGAAUUUUCUUAUUCAUUUUAAUAAUAUAUAAAUUGUACAUUGUUAUUUUUCGUGUUUUCUCAAUUUCUAAGUUAUCAGCUGAAUUUAUCUUAGCUAUUAGCUUAAUUAAAAUUUAAUAAAGGUCAUCUUGAUAACGACUAAUGCCCAAUUUCUUUACCUCCGGUUAACUUUAUCUGCCACUUAUUCUAUUGGAAUUGACCAAUCAUAUUUAUGGUGGCAAGAAUUAACCAAUCACGGUUGACAUUUAACCGACAGAUAAAGUUAACCGGAGGUGAAAAAAUUGGGCAUAAAAGACGAAUUCUCCCAUUAGAUACGGAUGCGUUGCGAAACACGUUGACAAAACAGAUGUUGUGGCCAUUCUUCCACAGACUACACACCUAUCACACACGUAUACAUACGUACAUAUCGCAGGACGAUCGAUUUUGAAAGCCUGAAGACUAUCGCUGCGCGGUCGAGACCAGAAAACUGGAUCGCGCGCGUAUCAACGCGAAAUCAACGAAUCUCUCACGUCGCUUGUUUCAACGCGCCGAUGUGGUGACAUAUCACGACGAUAUCGUAGCAGACAUAUCAGCAAUCGUAUCGUAGCAUAUCGUGGCGCGCCACGACCAUCUCCCGAGAUCAACGAUCAACGGACCCUGGAUCAUUGGCGAUCCGAAGCGCAAGGAUCGCACGCGGAACGAACGAGCGAGAGAGUCCGCGGAAUUAAGGACGUCGCGAGAGACGAUUUAGUCGCAUAAUUUAACCGAACGCUACACGUGGUGUACUAUUCCAAGUUUAAUAUAUUUUGUGUCAAGUCUU